AUCUAGAUGGGGCAGACCCAAAAAGAAAAAAAUAUGUAGUAAGAUUUUUGAAAUUGUAGAGGUAGCGAUCGAACCUGCUUGUCACCCUAUAUGUCAAUCUUUGCUUCAGAGCAAAGUUGAGAAAUGGACAGGACUGACAAUUUCAAGGUUGAUUGGAAAAGUUUGCUAUUUAAGUAUGAGAAGUUAGAUAAUACUAGCAGUUUCUCCUCUCCUCUCAUGGGUUUCUUUAGAUGUGCUAUAUCCUCACUGUUCAUUUUCCUAGUGUGUGUAACUAGUGAAUCCCAGCAAAAUCAUUCUAUCAAGAAGGUAAUUUUAGGCUCUUCACUUUCUCCCACAGGUACUCCUUCCACAUCAUGGUCCUCUCCCUCUGGCCUAUUUGCAUUUGGUUUCUACACACAAGAUACGGGCUUUAAGGUCGGAAUUUGGUUGGUCAACAACAAUCACGCCAAAACAGUUGUAUGGACCGCAAAUCGAGAUGAUCCGCCAAUCACCUCCAACUCGAAGAUCAAGCUGACCACAAAUGGACAACUUGUUCUAAGAACAGAACAGCACGGAGGAGAGAAGCUCCUAGCAAACACUACGGGCUCUGCUGCCUAUGCCUCCAUGCUCGAUUCUGGAAAUUUUGUUCUAUACAACAACAACUCCAAAGGCAUUUGGCAGACUUUCGAUUCUCCCACCGACACCAUUCUAGGAGGACAGAGCCUGUUAACUGAGGGUAAACUGGUCUCUAGUUUAUCAGACACUGACCACUCAACCGGACGAUAUCAACUCUGGCUGCAGGGUGAUGGGAACCUUGUUUUGUACCCACUGAACACUGAAGCAACCUCCAUAGAUGCUUAUUGGGCAUCGGGUACUUGGCAUGAACUCCCCAAUUCCCUUUACCUCAAUCAUUCUUCAGGCACUUUGGCUAUCAUAAACAGCAUUAGUUUGGAUACGAUCAAAGACUUGGCUUAUGAAGGUUACAAUAACAACAACAACAACAGCAACAACAACAACAAAACAAUCAUUUAUCGUGCAACACUUGAUUUCGAUGGAGUUUUCAGAUUGUAUUCUCAUAAAUUCGAUCAGAGUGCUAAUGAAUCCCAGAUUUCAGUUGAGUGGAAAGCACUGGAAAAUCCAUGUGAAGUGAGAGGUUUUUGUGGCUUAAACAGUUUCUGCACAUUAGAUGACUACCGACCAUAUUGCGUUUGUCUUUCCGGUACCAAUUUCAUUGAUCCCAAUAAGUGGUCUAUGGGGUGCGGCAGAAACGUCUCGAAAGAAGGGUGUAGGGGUGGGAUAGAAAACACAGCCUCAUUUAACAUUACUACCAUGGAGCAAAUGUCAUGGGGAGAACUUCCGUAUGCUGAUGAAGCAAUGUCAAUAGAAGAUUGCAAGAAAUCUUGUUUGGAAGACUGCAAUUGCGAUGCAGCUAUGUACGUGGGCGGAUCUUGCAAGAAACAAGGUCUUCCCCUUGAAUAUAUCAGAAGAGAUAUAUCGGGAUCCACAACCACGAUUUUCUUAAAGGUGGCCAUGACGAGAAACAUCAUCGAAAGCAAGAAUGGGACAGCUCCUCCGUUCAUGAAGCCAGUGACACCACCCCCAGGAGUUUUGGUCAAGAGCAAAGAAGCAGUAAUGCUAAUACUUCUUGUAACUAUUGGUUUACUUACAAGUUCAUGUGCUGCUCUUGCCAUCUCUGGCAUAUAUGUCUACAAAUUUAGAGUUUUGAAGUACAAAAGGCUGCUACAAUAUGGAAACUCAGGCAUUACUAAGGAGCUGACCUUGCAGUUUUCAUACGGUGAGCUCAGAAGAGCAACCAACGGGUUCAAAGAAGAGUUGGGAAAGGGCUCCUUUGGAGCAGUUUACAAAGGUACUUUGUACAAAGAAAAGAAGUUGAUUGCGGUGAAGAGACUUGAGAAGGUUGUGGAAGAAGGUGAAAGAGAAUUUCAGGCAGAGAUGCGAGCAAUCGGUAAAAGGCACCACAGAAACUUAGUCCGGUUGCUUGGAUACUGUAUUGAGGGUUCUAAGAGGCUUUUGGUUUAUGAAUACAUGAGAAAUGGCUCCCUUGCAGAUCUUCUUUUCAAAUCUACUAGGCGCCCGGAUUGGAAUGAGAGAAUUAAAAUUGCCCUAAAUGUCGCGAGAGGGAUCCUCUAUCUACAUGAAGAGUGUGAGACUCCUAUAAUUCAUUGUGAUAUAAAGCCUCAAAACAUAUUGAUGGAUGAGUUUUGGACUGCUAAAAUCUCUGACUUCGGGUUGGCCAAGUUGUUGAUGCCUGAUCAAACAAGAACCUUUACAGGGGUUAGAGGGACUAGAGGAUACGUGGCUCCAGAAUGGCAGAGAAACAACCCCAUAUCCGUCAAGGUUGAUGUUUACAGUUAUGGGAUAGUGCUGUUGGAAAUUGUUUGUUGCAGAAAAAACUUGGAAGUUAAUGUAUCAACACCAGAAGAGGUGGUUCUCUCGGGUUGGGUCUAUAGGUGCUUUGCUGGGAAGGAGUUGAACAAACUUCAUGUUGUGGGUGAUGAAGAAGUUGACUUGAAGACACUGGAGAACAUGGUUAAAGUGGGACUUUGGUGCAUUCAAGAUGAACCAGCUCUUCGUCCUUCCAUGAAAAGUGUCGUUUUGAUGCUUGAAGGCAUUACUGAUAUAUCAAUCCCUCCAUGUCCAACUACGUAUUAAUGGAUGCCAUCUAUAGAAGUUCAUUAUGUACCAGCAUCAUCCUCUGUUGGAGAUCAGGGAUUAGCAAUUCUAAUGAAUAGACCAUGUGACUGCAAUAAUAUUUAUUUGAAGGAUAUCUUAGUAUAUAAUUGUUGCUUAUACAUGCAUAUAUAUAUAUAAUCUAUUAAUGAAGUUGUGUAAUUUUAAUAAUUUCCUCUUAAUGCAAAUGUGCAAAUAGUUUGCCGUUGUAUGAGUUUAAACAUAAUAAUAAUUUCAAUGUUGUUGUAAUCAAUAAAUAAUAGUUUCUUGUUUGGCUGAA